AUGUACCUCCGGCCCACAGCACCACCCCGUCCACUUGAACAGCCGGUCAGUACCCCAAGCGGCACCACCACUCCUAUCAUCAGUGCUGACACAGGAACCCACUGCAUAAGUCGGCCCCUAGACCUGGUGUUCAUUAUCGACAGUUCACGUAGUGUGCGCCCCGCAGAAUUUGAGAAGGUCAAAAUCUUCCUGGCUGACAUGGUCGACACCCUCGACGUUGGCUCGGAUGCCACGCGGGUGGCCGUCGUGAACUACGCUAGCACGGUGAAGAUCGAGUUCCUUCUCAAGACGCACUUCGACAAGGCAGGCCUGAAGGCAGCGCUGGGCCGCAUCAAAUCUCUAGCUGCUGGUACAAUGACUGGCCUGGCUAUCAAGACGGCCAUGGAGGAGACCUUCACUGAGGAGUCAGGCUCCCGGCUAGCUAACAAGAACAUUGCCAAGGUGGCCAUCAUCGUAACCGAUGGACGUCCCCAGGACACGGUGGAGGAGGUGGCCGCGGCAGCGAGGGCGGCGGGCAUCGAGAUCUACGCAGUGGGGGUGGACAGGGCGGACAUGAAGUCCCUGCGUCUCAUGGCCAGUCUGCCCCUGGAUGAACACGUGUUUUACGUGGAGACCUAUGGCGUCAUUGAGAAGCUCACAUCCAAGUUCAGGGAAACCCUGUGUGGUGUGGACUGCAACCACGUGUGCAACCACGACUGCAACCACGGGUGCAAGAACAACAACUCGUACACCUGCAAGUGUCGAGAUGGCUAUACACUGAAUGCUGACAAGCAAACACGUACACAGGAUGCGAACGAGAUGAGUGGGAAUAAGCUGAGUGAAAACGAGUGCAUGUGUGAGGCUCAGAUUGCCUUCCAGAUGAAGAUGCAGUUCACCAUACAGGAGCUGACCAGCAAACUAGAUGAUCUAUCGAGGAAAGUGACCCAGUUUGGACGAAUGCGUUGA